AUGCUAAAAUGCUUAAAAGAUAAUCAUUUGGAUGAGAUAGACAUAGUUUGUUUUAACUAAUUCUGCACAGAAUUCAGAUUAAAUUGUUUUAAAUGUUUAAAGUAUGGAAGAAUCCAUCAUGAUCAUUUUAAAGAUGUUGAAAAAAUCAGCACCUUAAUAACAUAUAUUGAAAAUAAAAAUCAAGAAUGUGAUAAUUUUAUUGAGGAACUCAAUAAAUAUGUAGAAAGUGUGAAUCAAACAUUUUCUUCAUUAAAAAUGGGAAUCAGAUUCAAAUAUUCAUUAUAAAAGGAAUAAUUAGUGAAUUUGAAUUCACAGCAAAUAAAUGAUUAUUUGAAUUAAAGUUUGAAGUUAAUUGAAAAAAAAUAAUUAAUAACAACAAUCAUUUUAGAAGAGACUAAAAAAUUAAAUGAUAUAUUUAAUAAUUUAUAUGGAGAAUUAUAAUUAUCACAAUUUAAUUAUUAUUAGAUUGAUGAGAAUUCUAAAAUAUUAUCCAAAGAAUUAUUUUAUUAAGGUAAUUACAUUAUAUUAAUCCCUAGGCUAUUAGUUAUAUAGGAAUGAUAAAUAUGACUAGGCAAUAGAACUUUUUGAAUAAUCAAUCCUGAAAAAUCCUUAUAACCAUUAAUCAUUAUGGUGUAAAGGUAAAUAUUAAAAUAAUUAAUAGGUGCAUGUUUAAGAUUUCUUGGUAAAUAUGAGGAUGCAAUCAUUUGGGUGGACAAAGCAUUAGCGAUAGAUUCUAAAGAUGUUGAUUACUUAUAUGAGAAAAGUAGAGUGAAUAAUAAUGACAUUAAUAGGUGUGUGCUUAAGAAAUUAAAAAAAAUAUCAGGAUGCAAUUGUUUAGAUAGAUUUAGCAUUAUCUAUAAAUUCUAAACAUGUUAAUUCUUUACAUGAGAAAUGUAGAUUGAAUCAUAAUUAUAUUAAAAGGUCAAUGUUUAAGAAAUUUAAAUAAAUAUGAGGAUGCAAUCAUUUGGAUAGAAAAAGCAUUAGCUAUAGAUCCGAAAAAUGUUAAUUCCUUAUAUGCAAAAAGUAGAUUGAAUCAUAAUUAUAAUAUAGGUUUAUGUUUAAGAUUGUUAAGUAAAUAUGAGGAAGCGAUAACUUCGUUAGACAAAGCUUUAGCUAUUGAUCCAAAGCAUGUUAGUUCUUUACAUGAGAAAGGUAAAUUGAAUAAUAAUUAAUAUAUUAGGUGAGAUUUUAAGAUAAUUAAACAGAUAUAAUGAAUCCUUAUAAUUACUGAAUAAAGCACUGUCCAUCAAUCAGAAUCAUACAUUUUCUCUUAUAUCCAAAGGUAUCUUAUCAUCUAAUUUUUAGGAGAUUGUUUAACAGACUUAAAAAAAUAUAAAGAAGCUCUAAUUUGUUAUGAAAAAUCAUUAAAAAUUGAUCCAAAUGAUCAAUAUGUAAAAAACAAAAUAGAAAGAACUAAAUUAUUAAUUUGA